AUGAAAAAGAAUUUCUAAAAAGAGGCUUUACUUUUUAAUGUCUAAUCACAUAGAUCUGAACGAUCCAGCAGUUCAAAUAUCUUUUAAGAACCUUAGUGCAAUAGUAUAUUGAUUUGUAAUUUAUAGAAAACAUAUUAGCAUUGUUAACAAAAAAACCAAUUAGAUGUGGUAAAUACUCUAGUUAGGAAACCAUAAUAUGCGAUAUGAACUAAUCUCAUCAAGAAUAAUCAUAAAUAAAACAAAAAAAAAUUGAAUAACUAAAAAAUUAGUUACAAAGAUUAAAAUAGAAUUUUGAUAAUUAAUCAAAAUAAAAAUUGAAUAUAUCUAAUAUCAUAGAUAAUACAAUCUAAUAAUUGCUUUAAAUAAAAGAAUGGCUCUAAGUAACAAAAUAUGAAGAACCUUGGUAAGAGAUUAUUCAAAUGGAGAGAGAUAUUUAUUUAAAUGAAGAUAAUAUUAUUAAAUCCAUGCCUCUUCCUCAUUUUAAUGAAAUAUUACUUCAACAUUAAUUAUGUAUAUUAGAAUUAGCCUCCCAAUCAUAAGCAAUUUAAUAAUAGAAUUUUUGGAUGACAUAAAUUCAUAGUUUACAUGAAACAUUUAUUUAAAAGAAUCAUCUGAUUUUGUAAUUACUUAAACCAAAAAAAUAAGAAGAUCUUGAAUAAUCUAUAGAAAUUAGUGAAGAAGAUUUUGGUCAUUCUUUCGGAAAGAAAUAUUGA